AUGGGCAGGGUUGAGGCCUAGGGACACAGUGGGAUUGGAGAGAGUGAAGGAUGUUUCAGUCAUUUCAGGGAGGAUAAAUAUGGACUUGGGAGCCAAGGCUGUCAAUGAGGGUGCUCCUGCCACUUAGAGAGAGAACCUCAUGACGAGAGAGAGAGCUCUCCAUUAUAUUGGGAAGUGCACCACCUAUCGACUGGUUGAUUGGGUGGCAAAUUUGAAACGGCAUUGAGACGUGUGUGUCUGAGCGAGAGAGAGAAGAAUGAUCAAAGGCUUGUAGCUGUGUGGCUUUGACCACUCUCUCCUCUCAAUGCACUAAUGCACACCCGCAAACCAAUAGCCAAAUCCAGCACAUAGAAACAGCCCCAAACACUCCACAAAAUAGUACUUGGCUUUCCCAUAUCUCCCAUUUCCUUCAGCAAAAUGCCCCGGUGCCUGCUGCCUCCCCCCGUUUGCGGACACCAGGCAGAACCAUCCAACAUCUGCACACUGAAAGCUCUACAGUUGUGAUACUUGAGAUCAAGGUUGGUGACUUGUGGACGAAUGUUGUCAAGAUGCUUUGGAAAGUCACUAAGUUCUAUUAUGUGAAGCUUUUUUCUGUUACUUCCAGUGGAGAUGAUAAGUAGAUGGAUCUUUCUGAAUUUUCUCUUGGUUUUUGACUCACGGGCUUUCACUAGGAUGUAUUAAUUGAUCCACUAAGAUGCUAUAAGAUUCUGGCCUGAGAAAAUCCAUAGGCGAUUGCAAAUAAUAUGUUGGUUCUUUAGCAAAGUGCUGUAAUUAUUCGUUCUAGAUAAUGGAGUAAAUUGUUGGGCGAUUUGACCUCUUAGAUACACAAGUUUACUGAUAAAUGGCUUCAAAAACCAUCUCGCAUGUCAACUCUGAGAAACAAGUCAAACCGCUUGUCAGCCACAGAGUAGAGCCAACCACUUGUAAUCCUAAACAUGUUACAAAGCUAAUCAAAUCAGAGCCUACUCCAUCAAAAGAAUUGGCAGAUGCUGAUGAGAGCAUGUCAAAGCAUCCUGUGACCAAAUUUUCUGAGGGUAUGAAACCUAAUCAAUGUUUUGAGGGAUCUAUCAAUGUCGAAACAGAUACACUUCCUAUCGAGGGACCUAUCAAUUCUGAAGCAGAUAAGCUUCCUUCCAAGGCCAUCCUACCUUUUGAAAAUAAUAACACACACCCAUGUUCCGAUAGCCAGAGAGAACCAACACAAUAUGUUGACACCAAGGGGCCGAAUGGGGCCAUGAUCUUGAAAGGCAGUGUGGAUCAAGAAAAUAAUAUUGAACACGAUGUAAGCAAUGGCAUUAUUUCUGCCAAAGUUAGUGAAGGGAACAGCAGUAUAACAAAGUCUAGUGGAAGUGCUAAGGUUAUUGACAAAGUUGAUGUUGUCGAAAAUAGAAUAAGUAGUAUGUGCAGGCCCAGUACAAGCAGUGAUAUCAGUGAUGAGAGCUUGUGUAGUAGCUUGAGUAGUAGCAUUAACAAGCCCCAUAAAGCAAAUGAUUCAAGAUGGGAAGCAAUUCAAAUGGUUCGUGCUCGAGAUGGAAUUCUGGGUUUAAGCCAUUUUAGACUACUAAAGAGGUUGGGAUGUGGUGACAUUGGUAGUGUUUAUCUGUCAGAAUUAAGUGGCACAAGAAGUUAUUUCGCUAUGAAGGUCAUGGACAAGGGAUCAUUGGCUAGUCGUAAGAAGCUUCUAAGAGCUCAGACAGAGAGAGAGAUAUUACAAUGUCUGGAUCAUCCUUUUCUUCCAACCCUAUAUAGCCACUUUGAAACAGAUAAAUUCUCAUGUUUGGUAAUGGAGUUCUGCUCAGGGGGAGAUUUGCACACCCUUCGGCAGAGGCAGCCAGGGAAACGUUUUUCUGAACAAGCAGUGAAAUUCUAUGUAGCAGAGGUCCUCUUAGCACUGGAAUACCUGCACAUGCUUGGCAUUAUAUACCGUGACCUUAAGCCAGAAAACGUCCUUGUGCGUGAGGAUGGCCACAUCAUGCUUUCUGAUUUUGACCUUUCCCUUCGAUGUGCAGUUAGCCCCACGCUGAUCAAGUCUUCUAACCCAGAAUCAGAAACAUUGCGGCGGAACAACACAGUCUACUGUGUCCAACCUGCUUGUGUUGAGCCACCCUCCUGCAUCCAGCCUGCUUGCGUCGCUCCCACGACAUGUUUUGGCCCUCGUUUCUUCUCCUCCAAGUCCAAGAAGGACCGAAGACCAAAACACGAGAUUGGGAACCAGGUUAGCCCGUUGCCUGAGCUCAUAGCAGAGCCCACGGAUGCUCAUUCGAUGUCUUUUGUUGGCACACAUGAAUACUUGGCCCCAGAGAUCAUCAAGGGUGAGGGCCAUGGGAGUGCCGUAGACUGGUGGACCUUUGGUAUAUUUUUGUAUGAGCUUCUGUUUGGGAAAACUCCAUUCAAGGGUUCGGGUAACCGGGCCACAUUGUUCAAUGUCGUAGGGCAGCCAUUGCGCUUCCCAGAUUCACCAGUUGUGAGCUUUGCUGCAAGGGACCUUAUAAGGGGACUGCUUGUGAAGGAGCCACAUCACAGGCUUGCAUACAAGCGCGGGGCUACAGAGAUAAAGCAGCACCCAUUCUUUGAGGGUGUCAAUUGGGCAUUGAUACGGUGUGCGAGUCCCCCAGAAAUUCCAAGGCAUGUUGAGAUUGAAAGGCCUAUACGGCCUGUGGCAUCAACAAGCGAAAAGGCUACACCUGUCAUCAAUCAAAAGGGUCCUGAUAAUUAUCUUGAAUUCGAUUUCUUCUAGCGAUUCUUCAUCUGUUCAUCACAUGAAUGAUCUGUUAUGUUGGGGGAAGGGUGUAGAGUUUUUUCUUUUUUUCCUUUUAAUCUCAAAAUUGCAGCUGAUUCCUGGUAUCAACUGUCAAAUUUCUGUCAAGUCAUUAGCUGCAUACUUUGUGUUUCCAUAUCUUGUACUCUUAAUUGAAUGCCAAAACAUUUGCACUUGUUAAUUACUGAGAGUUUUUUUUUCUUUU